AUGGUUUGUUUAAAAUCCCUAAAUCCCCCUUUAAAACCUGAUAAAGUCAAGGUAUGGAAGCGGGACCUUAGGGAAAGCUCGUUACAACCUUUUGGCCGCUGGAUAACUUCAUUUGAUUGGUCAGAUAUUUUUACUACAAAUGCGUGCGAAGAUAAUUAUGGAAAAUUUAAUGACAUAAUGAGUGAUAUGAUUGAUAUUUUACUCCCUUUGAAAAGAACUAAAGUAACUAAAUGUGACAAACCAUGGCUGACGUCAUCAAUAAAAGAGUUAAUUAUAAAACGUCAAAAAGCUCUCCAUUAUUAUGGGAAAAAUUCUGAUUCGUAUAAACUCUGGCGAAACCAAGUCCAGCAAUCAAUUAAAUCGGCCCGAUUUAAGUAUUAUGCCCAAUCAGUUGAGAAACUAAAAACUUCCAAUCCCUCAAGACGGUGGAAAGAAAUUAAGUCGUUGGGUGGUAUAUCUUCCAAAAGUUGUUGGUAUAAUCAACGACUUUCUAAUGAUAUUCCUAAUUGCCAUGACUUGGCUGAAGUAUUUAACUGUUUCCUUUCCGGUCUUACAUCACACUUUACUCCUUUAACACGCGAGGAAGAACAAUUGGAUUUCAAUGUACCAG